AUGGACGUCUCUCCCUCAACGUGGCGCCUCCUCGGCCUAGGCGUCGGGGCCAGCUACAUCGGUCUGGGCGCCUUCGCGCUAACGACCCCCGCCCUCGCCGCCCAGACAUUCGGGCUCUACCCGACGACUCCCGCCCCAGGGAGUAACGCCAACCCGACGCGCUCGACGACCAAGCCCGCGGCGCACGCGAACGCGGACAUCGCAAACCACGCCCAGGCCGUCGAGACGUCCAUGGUCCUCCUCGGGGCCCGUGAUUUAGCCAUCGGCUUGGCGGUGGGGAAGUUGGCGUAUGAUUUCAAGCUGCGUGAGACCGGGACGGUCGUCCUCAGCGGCGCGGUCUUGUGCGCAGUGGAUGUGUAUCAGGCUUUCCGCCAGAGGGGAACGGGCUGGGGGAGCUUUUUCGCCGUGGCCGCGGGGGCGUGGUUGGGGAUUGGGGCGGGAUUGGUCCAGUCGUGA